AUAACCUCAAAAGUUAUAGUGAAGGUGUGAAGAAGAUUUUCCAAAAUAUUUGACUUUCUUGCAUUUUUCAUUUUAUAAUUUGUGAGAUACUAAAUGUGAUUGUGCUCUUAGAAGAUGAGUGUUAAUACUGGAAGUCUUAAAGCCAAAAAUUACGUUGGGAAUUCUGGAUCGGAGUUUAGCUUCAAGGCAAUACAGGACAAUGAGAGGAUUGACUUUCGCUAUGGUUUCAAGAAGCCCACCGAUUCUAAAGAAAGGAAUGGUUAUCUCCUUAAUCUGCACUCUGCUGAAGUGCUGAAUGAUGAUCGGCAGUUAGUAGCAGGGCUCGAUAUGUACUUUUUGGAGAUGACGGGAGCACGAUUUAAGGCCACAAUUGUCUAUCAACCAUACUUUUUUGUACUACCCAAAGCUGGUCAGUUUAGUGAAGUCCACAGAUUCCUUGAUAGAAAAUACGCCGGGCACAUUGCAAAGUCCGAAGCAGUGGAAAAGGAAGAUCUUGAGCUACCGAAUCAUCUCAUUGGGCUCAAACAGAACUACAUUAAGCUCUCAUUUCACAAUCUCAAUGCUUUGCAUAAGGUGCGCCGGGAGUUGCUGGCUGCUGUAAAGAAGAAUCAGGAGAAUGCAAAGAAUCAUACAAACUAUAUGCAACUCCUCGCAGAAGUGGCAGGAACAGCUGGAACUUCCCGUGGGAGUGAUUUAUUCAAUUCUGACUAUAUGGAAUCCAUUGUGGACAUCCGGGAACACGAUAUUCCCUACCAUGUGCGUGUUUGCAUUGAUCUCAGCAUAUUCUGUGGCAAUUGGUACACUGUCACAUGCUAUGGGAGGGAUAAUCCAACCAUAAAGCCCUGCACGGACAUCAUUGAUCGCCCUGAUCCCAUUGUUCUGGCAUUUGAUAUUGAAACAACGAAGCUUCCGUUGAAAUUUCCGGAUGCAAAUACCGAUCAAAUUAUUAUGAUUUCCUACAUGAUUGACGGGCAGGGGUACCUCAUAACCAAUCGAGAGAUCAUUUCGGCUGAUGUGAAGAGUUUUGAGUAUACACCAAAAGCGGAAUUUGAGGCAACAUUCACGGUAUUCAAUGAACCCAAUGAAAAGGCAACAAUUGAAAAGUUCUUCGGUCACAUUAACGAGGUGAAGCCACACAUAUUUUCCUCCUACAACGGGGAUUUCUUUGAUUGGCCAUUCCUCGAGACCCGUGCUGCUGUCUAUGAUAUUGACAUGAAGCAGGAGAUUGGAUUCAGUAAGAAUCGCGAAGGGUACUACUUGUCACGCCCAGCCGUGCACUUGGAUUGCUUGAAUUGGGUUAAGCGUGAUUCCUACUUGCCCGUGGGAUCGCAAGGGCUCAAAGCAGUGGCUAAGGCUAAGCUGCGGUAUGACCCCGUGGAAUUGGAUCCAGAGGAGAUUUGCUCUCUGGCCGUUAAGAGGCCCCAAGUACUCUGCAACUAUUCCGUGUCAGAUGCUGUUGCAACAUACUAUCUCUACAUGAAAUACGUGCAUCCCUUCAUAUUUGCCUUGGCCACAAUUAUUCCCCUUGAACCCGAUGAGGUACUACGCAAAGGCUCAGGGACACUAUGCGAAAAUCUCCUUAUGGUCCAGGGCUUCCAUGCGAAUGUCAUCUUCCCCAAUAAGCAAGUUGAGGAAGUUAACAAAAUUGCCGAAGGGUAUGUUUUGGAUUCUGAAACAUACGUCGGGGGGCACGUAGAAGCCCUCGAAUCCGGUGUUUUCCGUGCUGAUAUCCCAUAUCGUUUUCGUAUUGAUCCCGAAAUGAUUGCCACCCUUCAGGCAGACGUGCCCAAAGUCCUCCAUCAUGCUAUUGCCGUUGAGAAGGGCGUCCCAAUGGACAGUGUGACGAAUUUAUCCGAAGUCUCAGCUGCAAUUGGCACUGAGCUCGAGGCUCUUCGCAAUGUACCCAAUAGGAUUGAACAUCCGGUCAUUUAUCAUUUGGACGUGGGUGCCAUGUAUCCCAAUAUUAUCCUGACGAAUCGCCUGCAACCCUAUGCCAUGGUGAAUGAAACAAAUUGUGCCGUUUGUGACUUCAAUGAACCCACAGCGUGCUGCAAGCGCAACAUGACGUGGUCGUGGCGCGGUGAGAUGCUCCCAGCGACAAAAAGUGAACUCCAGCGAAUACAGCAACAAUUGGAGACUGAAACAUUCCCUCCCCUCUUCCCUGGAGGUCCCCCGCGGGCCUUCAAUCAACUCUCGCGCGAGGAUCAGGUGGCAUAUGAGAAGAAACGCCUCAAUGAUUACUGCAAAAUGGCCUAUAAAAAGCGCAAAACUACACGCUUGGAAACCAAAACGAGUACAGUGUGCCAAAAGGAGAAUAGUUUCUACGUUGACACCGUGCGUUCCUUCCGUGAUCGUCGCUAUGAGUACAAAGAGAUGACCAAAGUUGCCAAGGCGGCUGUUGUGGAGGCCCUAAAGACGGGUGAUGCCACCGAAAUAAAAGCCGCAAAGGGGCGUGAAGUUCUCUAUGAUUCCCUCCAACUAGCCCAUAAAUGCAUCCUGAAUUCCUUCUAUGGAUACGUAAUGCGUCGCGGUGCUCGAUGGCAUAGUAUGCCAAUGGGUGGCAUUGUAUGUCUCACGGGUGCAAAUAUCAUCCGGAAAGCCCGUGAAAUUAUUGAGAAAGUCGGGCGACCCCUUGAACUUGACACAGAUGGUAUUUGGUGUAUUCUCCCGGCGUCUUUUCCGCAAAACUUCACUGUACGCAGCGCCGAAGCGAAGGGUGGGAAAUUCAUUGUGUCCUACCCCAAUGCAAUUCUCAAUGCCAUGGUCAAGGAACAUUUUACGAAUGAGCAGUACCACGAAUUGGUGGAUAAGACCGAGGGGGAACGCCCGAAGUAUGAGAAAAGGGCGGAAAAUUCGAUUUUUUUCGAAGUUGACGGGCCAUACUUGGCCAUGGUACUUCCGGCUGCCAAAGAAGAGGGGAAGAAAUUGAAAAAGCGCUAUGCUGUAUUUAAUUUUGAUGGUUCAAUUGCCGAACUCAAGGGUUUCGAGGUGAAACGACGCGGAGAGUUGCAACUUAUUAAGAAUUUUCAAUCAUCUGUCUUUGAUGCCUUCCUCCAAGGGAGUACGCUCGAAGAAUCCUACGGAAGUGCAGCUAAGGUAGCAAACUACUGGCUCGAUGUUCUCUACAGCAAGGGUGAAAGUAUGCCAGAUAGCGAGCUAUUCGAAUUGAUUUCGGAAAAUCGUUCAAUGUCACGAAAACUUGCAGACUAUGGCGCACAAAAAUCAACAUCAAUAUCAACAGCAAAGCGUCUGGCGGAAUUCUUGGGGGAUCAAAUGAUUAAAGAUGCUGGGCUAUCGUGUAAAUAUAUCAUUUCGGCCAAACCUGAAGGUGCCCCCGUGACAGAACGGGCUAUUCCAUUGGCAAUCUUCCAGUCCGAAGCCAGUGUUCGCCGUCACUACCUGUCGCGAUGGCUAAAAGAUCCAAGUAUGGGGGAUGCUGAUAUUCGCGAUGUUCUCGAUUGGAAUUACUACAUUGAACGCUUGGGUGGGACAAUUCAGAAGAUCAUUACAAUCCCAGCUGUCCUCCAGGGGCUCUCAAAUCCGGUGGAACGCGUGGCACAUCCUGAGUGGCUACACAAAAAAAUCCUACAGAAAGAAGAUGUCUUCAAGCAGAGAAAGAUUGAUGAGAUUUUUGCAGCACAACCAAAACCAUCAACGACGAUGACGACAGAUGUUGUUGCAGACAUUGAAGAUUUAACAAGAGAUGCUCCAUCUACAUCACGAGACACACGACCAAUUUCAAUAAAGCGAAAGAGACAAGAAGUUCUCGAUGGGGAAGAAUCAAUUGAGAGUUUUUUGGGCACACGACCACCACUUGGGCCAUCACGUGAAGAAGUUCAGGAGUGGGUGAAGUAUCAGAAGAAGAAAUGGAUGCUGCAACUCGAGCAGCGUGCCCUGGCACGAAAGGGUCGUGGCAAACAGCAGAGGAUUGAUGAAGCAGCAACGCGGCCGAAGGAUUUCUCCGAUUUUAGACACACAAAAGCCACAAUUGGUGGAUUCUUGCGGAAAACUCAGUCUACCCUCCUCGAGAGCACGUGGGAGAUUAUUCAAAUUGCCGAAACGGACUAUCCGGGGAAUUUUGUAAUGUGGAUCCUCAUAAAUGGCGAGGAACUUCACAGGAUACGACUCACUGUUCCCCGUGUAUUUUAUAUAAAUCAACGAACACCAUUGAGUGCGGAUCUUGAGGAUGCUGAGAAUGCUGUCUUUAAGAAAGUUCACAGGAUUCUACCACGAUCGAGUCCUGUGUAUCACCUAUAUCGCUAUCAGAUUCCGGAACAGACAUUUCAGGAUCGUAAACUCGAUAUAUUGAUUGAUCUCACAACGCCAGACAUUGAGGGGAUUUAUGAGACACAGACGAGUCUUCAAUUCCGUACGCUGGUUGAUUUGGGAUGUAAAUGCGCUGUGCAGAAAGGCGAUAGGCGACGGACAAAUACAGAUAAUUUUUCAUUGGAACAACUUGAAUUUCGGAGUGAUACAAAUCGCACGUACCUCCAGAACUAUGGACAACUGAAGAAGAUCUUCCUCUAUCAGCAUAGUAGUGCUUCGGGGAAGAGAGAAAUGUGGGGUGUAUUUGUACCAGCAACGAAGAAAGCAACAAUUUUGGUGUUGGACACUGUGCGCACGAAUCAAAUGCCCAAUCUUCGUACCCUCUACGGUAGUGAGGUGAAAGCCCUGAUGGAACGCAAUGGGCAGGAAAAGCUCUCCACAAGUGAGAUGGACUUUGACGUUAUUAUCGAAACUGAUGCCAAGAAUAUUCAUAAAAACAUCCAGAGAAUCCUUUCGGGGUGUAAGCAUGAAAUUAAGGGUCCUACUUUGCUAUUUCUUCAAGUCUCCAUGGGGCUCAAUCAGCUCACAAGUUCAAUACCGCAACUAAUGGAAUUCCCACAGGUACAAAUUCACAUUACAGACGAACUAUCCCUGUUGUCUGCAAUCAAUUGGCAACAGAAUGGAUGUCGAUCAAUUAUUCGACACUUUCUCAACCUACCACGUGUGGUGGAAUCAAUGUUGCGACAAUGUAGGUACUACCACAUACCCAUUGGCAAUAUGCCCACGGAUCCCAUUCUCUUUGGGGCAGAUUUGUUCUUUGCGCGUUACCUGCAGAAGAAUAAAUUCAUCUUGUGGUGCUCAAAAACAAAUCGUCCAGACCUUGGGGGACGUGAAACGGAUGACAGUCGCCUCCUAACGGAGUUUGAUGAUGGCAAUUCCCGCGUGCAGAAUCGCAGUAAUCUCUAUCCCAGCAUCUCUGUUGUGCUGAACAUUGAGAAUCUCGCUGUGAGUGCUUUACUGCAAUCAAAUCGAAUUCAAGAAGCUGAGGGGGCAUUCAAUGCAGUCUCCUUUGACAUGAUACCCCAGGGGUUUGUCGAUGAAAUGCUCGAGGGACGCUCUAAAGCAACAUACGAUGAAUCCUCCCAUUGCAACUCAACACUUCGUGUGAUGCGUCUCAUGGUGAACGGGUGGCUACGUGAUAUAUCUCUCAAUCGCAGCAUCUUCUCUGAUACGCAAGUUAUGCACUUUUACCGUUGGAUUAAAUCCCCGGCCGCAUUGCUGUACGAUCCUGCACUGCGACGUACAAUGUUUAAUCUUGUCCGGAAGUACUUCCUGCAGCUCCUUGCGGAAUUUCAGAGACUAGGAGCAACAAUAAUCUUUGCAGAUUUCAAUCGAAUCAUCAUUAACACGGGAAAGGAAUCCCCAAUAGAGGCCAUCAACUAUACGGAUUACAUUUGCCAAAAUAUUCGCAACAAGGAAAUGUUUCAUGGGCUACAUUUGGCUUUCCAGCAAUCUUGGAAGUAUCUCUUGUGGAUUGAUAAUUUCAAUUUUGGCGGUAUUCGCAUUGCACCCGCGACAGAUGGUGAAUCCGAUGCACCACUGGAGAUUGAGAUGGCAUUCAAUAUUGUGGAUCAAUUGCCAAAAGAGGGGAAUUGUGGGGAAUAUUUGGAGAAGCUAAUAUCAGGACUUUUGACAAGCCUGGCAACGGCAGAAACACCCGAAAAGGCCUUUGAGGAGCAUUCCCAUCGUGCCUUCACCAUUGUGGAACAUAUUCACAAGAAGUUCAAUUAUCACGCAACCAAGCCGGCUCUACAAUUUGUCACAGCGCUCAAUAGAAUCCUCUCCGUUGCGGAAUGCUUUACACCACAAGUGGAAUCUCUGCAUAGGAAUUUACUUAAAUUGAUUGGAAUUGGGGAAUUCAGUGAAGCAGCCAAGUGGAAGGACACCACACAUAAUUUCACCCUUAUGGAGGUCAUAUGCAAGGCUUGCAAUCAUUGCAGAGAUCUCAAUCUUCACAACGAUCCCCACAGGGCACUAAAGGAUGGAGUGCCUGUUUGGCUUUGUUCUCAAUGCUUGGGAUGCUACAGUACAGAUGAGAUUGAGGGAUUGCUGCUGGAAAUUAUUCAGCGGAAACUCAUGUCAUAUACCCUUCAGGACGUAAAGUGUGUCAUUUGCAAACAAAUCAAACUGGACAAUAUGACGAGAGUUUGCGAAUGUAUGGGAGCCUUCACCAAUUUGCUACCUCGCGAGGACAUUCAACGGGACCUUGAGAGUUUCCUGGUGGUCGCUGAAGAAUAUCGAAUGCCUCUGCUUGAGAACUUCAUCAAGUGGAUAAAGAGCGUUUAUUGAAUUUCAACAAAAAGAAGAAAAAAAACAUUAAGACGUGGAUGUGUCCGAAGUCUUUUAGCGACGUCAAAGUCCUCAAAUUCAUCUUGGUCCACGAAGAAAGUGUGUUUGUUCCCGAUGGUUUUGGAGUCAACGAUAUGGAGUUGCGAUGAUAGCCUAUAAUAAGGAAAUAUAUUUUGACUUUUGUAAUUAAAUCUGAAUAAUUAAUAUAACAAUGACGCCUUACUUGUUCA